AGAAAACACAAAAAUCUAAAAAAAAAGUACCAAAUUACGAGUGUAGAUGAGACGCCGAGAAGGAAAGUGUCGGAGUUUAAUGUCGCAAAGCACAUCAAGCGUGCUUUGGAUGAACCUCAUUCGGGAGGAUCUGGUUCUGUCAAAUGAACUAAGAAAACAUACACCGUUUGGUCUCCGCGACCCAUUCGGAAACGGCACAGUGAUUGUGGACAAGCAUGUUACGAGACACUUGUACGGGGUUCCAGAACCAACGGUAAUGUUCGCCAGCAGUGACGUUCUGUGCCCAGCGAUUCUUGGAAUGCCCUUUGUGGAGGAGCACAUGGAUCUUGCCGAUAUCAAAGCCAGACCGCUUAGAGAUUCAGUUGAUGUUCCCCAGUUAAGCUUGUAGGGCUUAACCAAAUCCAACUCGACUUACGGGACGUCGAUGAGCAUGGAUGGGUCUCUGUGAUAUAGAAGACCCCCGGUACGUGCUGAGUGCCGGACUAGGAUGAUAUAGAGUGGUUGGAACGGUUGGGAACUGAGUUUCCAGACA